GGAGAGAGUUUUGAGAAGAUGAUAGAGAAAGGGACCUCAAAUCCAGGGGAAUCAAUGGAGAACUCCAUGGUUGGCACCAUGGAAUCCUUAAAGUCUAUAAAAAUUGGAGAGCAAAGAGGUGAUGCACAAGGAGCCAAUUCAGGGGGUGGCAUUGUUGAAAAAGGCCAAGAGGGCAGCGCCCAUAGGGCUGCUGGUGAUGUUGUGGAAGGCCAAGAGGAUGGUGCCCAUAGGACUUCUAGCAAUGCUAUGGUAGGCCAAGAGGGCAGCACCUAUAGGGUUGCUGGCGAUGCUGUUAAAGCGACUGGAAGCACCUUUGGAGAGGUAGACGAUGGUGUCCAGGGCGGAGGUGAUGAGGCCUUGGGUUGUGUCAGCGACGUCUCUUAG